UAGGAUUUUCCUGACAGGUCCGUUGUGAUUUCUUUGACACUUCUGUCCGUCGCUGUGCUUCUGAGGACAUUUUUAUCUCCUGUCAAUGGACGCUCAUAAAAGGCGUAUAUGUGUGUCCUAGUCGGUUAAUGUCCAACGCAUCUCCGGCUUCACCCAGCCAGUCCAUGGCCGAUCAGCAUGAGUCCAUCGAUCUCACCUCUCCUUCAGUGGACCCGUCAGCAGCUGCAGGACACAGCUGGUUCCCUGGGCCCCCUCCACCCAUGUAUUCCUGCACCCUGACCCCUGAGCUGGUGCACAAGGCACGGGAGGAGCUCCAGGAGAAGCCAGAGUGGCGCCUGCGGGAUGUCCAAGCACUGAGAGACAUGAUACUGAAGGAGCAGCCCAAUCUCAGGACCAGGCUGGAUGACGCUUUUCUCCUGCGCUUCCUGCGGGCCAGGAAGUUCGACUAUGACCGUGCCCUGCAGCUGCUGCUUAACUACCACGCAGGCCGAAAGGCUUGGCCGGAAGUGUUCCAGGACCUGAAGCCAUCCACAGUGAAACACGUCCUGGACUUGGGUUUCCUCACAGUCCUGCCACAGCCGGACCCCAACGGGAGAUACAUCCUCUGUCUGCGGCCAGGAAAAUGGAAACCGAAUGAUUAUCCAUUUGUUGACAAUGUGAGGGCCAUUUAUCUGACUCUGGAGAAGCUGAUCCAGCCGGAGGAAACGCAGGUGAACGGUAUCGUCAUCUUAGCCGACUACACCGGAGUGGGCAUGUCACAGGCGUCCAAUCCAGGCCCGUUCCUCGCCAAAAAAGUUGUGAGCAUCCUCCAGGACGGUUUCCCAAUCAGAAUCAAGGCCGUUAACAUAAUAAACGAGCCCAGGAUUUUCAAAGGCAUCUUCGCUAUAAUUAAGCCUUUUCUGAAGGAGAAGAUGGCAGAGAGGUACAUCCUCCAUGGCUCAGACUUGCGCUCUCUGCACCGGAACAUCCCACGGUCGGUUCUGCCGGAGGAGUAUGGCGGCACUGCGGGCCAGCUGGACUUAUGUGCGUGGUCGAGAGUGCUUCUGGACUGUGAGGAGGAAUUUAUAGUGGAGUUCUGCCAGCCGGAUCCACUAGAGGGCGUGGUGCUCCCAGACUCCAUGCUGUUUGAAGGAGCGCAGGCCAGCGGGCAGGAUGACGACACCUUCAGGGGGCUGCGCUCUCAACUCUACUACUGUUACUGAUGCAGACUGUAGAUGCACUCACUCCCACCACUGAGAGGACAUCUUCUGUUUCAUUUGAAACAAGUGUGUAGACUUUUACAGGGCAAGUUGCCAAUAUUAUACAUGAUUUAUUUUACUAACUAAGCAGCACUGCUAUAGGUGGAUAGUUUAAUGUAGUUUACACGUAGCCCAGCAUUCACUCAUGGUUCCAAGGCAGCUGUAGGCUUUUGACAUGAGCCAGUGCAUGUUUGGCCAUCAUCAUCGGUGGCCCCUCUAUUCAGUUAUUUCUGGUAUUUGAAGGAUAAAUUCAGAGUUUUUUAAAUAGUCAGACGCCCAUAUGUACAUUGAAGCAUGUUUUGCUUGAUGUAAUCAUUCUUCCUGUCCACACUGGCCAUUUAAAAAAAACAUAUUAAUAUGCUUUCAGUGCAAGAGAUGUGCGGACAAAAGCCACAGUCUUCGUUUUGUAUUUAGCAGAAGCUAAAAUGAGACGUCAGCAGAACUGGUUCGACAGAUCAAGUGGAUGGUUUAGCACAAAAUUCCCUCGUGUUACUUACUCUCUACCACAGAGGGGAAACAAAAAGGGGAACUUCCUUCUAAAAACACUAAAACUUUUGAAUUUACCGACCUCAUUUGGCCAACUGAGUCUGCUGAGGCCUCAUAUUAAGACUGUGGGACGUGGAUCUCUUAACAGACACUAUGAACAGGAGGAGUGAUUACAGCUAGCAAAAACAGUCUCAAUGCACAUAUGGGCAUGUUUGUACUGCUUUAAAGGGAUAGUUCACCCCAAAAUCAAAAAUACACAUUUUUCCUCUUACCUGUAGCGCUAUAUAUCAGUCUAGAUUGUUUUAGUGUGAGUUGCUGAAUGUUGAAGAUAUCGGCCGUAGAAAUAUCUGCCUUCUCUCCAGUAUAAUGGACCUAGAUGGCACAAAAGAAAAAAUACAUCUGAAAAUCUCAACAGCAAUGUCUCUUUCCAGAAAUCAUGACCCAGUUUCUUAAGCAGUUUCGUGUAGGAACUAUUUUCUGUCCACCGAACUACAAGUGCCAACUGUAUCACUGCGCAGAAGGAGGCGUGCAUCUACUGCCAGCUCACCUAGCACCACAGAGCUAGCUAACGUUGCAGCUCAGCCGAGGAGGACGCCAUUAAUUUUUGCGUCUCGCGCUGUCACAACACGAGCCGCGAAACUGCUCACAACAAGGUCUUGGCACUUUGAGCACCACAAGCUGAGUGACAUCCAGUUCCAUUAUACUGGAGAGACGGCAGACAUCUCUACAGCUGAUAUCUCCAACUCUCUGCAACUCACACCAGAACAAUGUAGUUUGAUGAAAAGCACGACAGGCAAAAGGAAAAAUAUGUGUAUUUUAUUUGGGGGUGAACUGUCUCUUUAAGACAGACAUGGAAAAACAUGAACCCAUCCUUCAAUAUUUUUCCACUGAGGCAAAAUUCUAAAAACAGUUUGUUAGGACCUGCAUACUGGCAGUCAGUCACAUACUGGCCAUUAGCGCUCCGUGCGUGGUUACAUUGCCCCCCCCCAAAAAAAUGGAGACAGUUUUUGUGUAUGUAACCGUCUAAUACAUUGCCUUAAACUGCAGAUUUCCUUUCAUAAAUCACGUUGGAUUUGUGUGUACCAAAGCAAUAUUCAUGUGUACUCUCAUCAGGGCUCGUCUUACAUAAGAGUUGAUAUACUUCAUUGUUAGGGAGUAGGAAUGGAUGGCUGCUGCAGCUGAGGAAAAGAAUAAUACAGUAGAUUUAUCAGUUACAUUUUUUGCUCAGUAUCAAACUCUCACACUGUUUCAGGGCCUUUGUUUAGUUGAUGCUUCAGUUUUCUGUGACUUGAAUCUCCUGAGAGGAUUAUUUUUUCUAACCUCAGAUAAUCUGCCUUAUGUUGUCUUUUUUAACCUUUUAUGACCUGGUUGCUUUCAUCACUCAGUCUUAACGCAGGCCCAUCACUGAUCACAGGAGUCACAUGAGGAACAGAACAUUCAGUCCUGACUUUACAGACAUCUCGUUUGCCAAAUUUCACUCCAGGCCAUGUACAGAAAUGUGCAAUAAUAAUGUUAGAUCUGAUAUCUUGCAGUAGCCCGAAGCUAACUUGAAUAGUUUGCAUCAAUCUUUUAUAUUUUUAUUUUAAGCAUGUCUGUGGGUAUAAGCUAUAUUGUAUUGCAGGAUAUUUAUUGUUGGUAGUAAAGACAGUAAAGUAAAACUCCAAACGGAGAAA